GCUUAUGUAACACUAUUGUUAUAACUAUAUAUUACAUUUUGUAGUUCUUUGUCUGUUGUAUUGACAGAUAGUAUUUGUAAAAUUAUGAUUACAGAAUCCCUGUUGCAGUAUCCAAAAAUGGCUGCAGAAAAAGACUCAACACCAGAUAGUUUGAAUAUAAAACAGCCAGAAAAAGAAAAAUGUUCAACCACCGAAACUCUACAGAGACUAGAGUCUAUUGAAUCAAGUUUAUCUUCACUUCAAGAAACAAAACAAAAGACUGAACAUGAGAUAUCAAAAAUAAAACAAUUUCAAAAUAACUUCGUGUCAGUGCAAAUUGAUAUGGAACUUAAAAUAGAGCACAUUUCUAAAAAACAUAAGAAGCGUAUUAAAAAAUUAGACAAUUAAAUAAAUGUCAUCCUGGAGAAAAAUAAAGAAAUGGAUGAUUUUCGUGCAGAAGAAGUAAAUAAAAAAACAAGUUUAGAAAAAUUAGAUCAACGCGUGACUGCAUUUGACGAUCAAUUGAACACAAUAAAGGAAGAGAUGGAAGUUUAUAAAUCAGAAGCAGACACUAUAUCAAAGGAUGUAAAAAAACAAUAUGAUCUAAUUUUAGCUUUAAAAGAAAAUCAAAAUACAAUUGUUUUCAAUACUUCAGUCAGAUUUAAGGAGAUUAUUUCAAAGCAAAGUGUGGUUUACAAACUACUACAACAUAGAUUGAUACCUAUUGACACAUUGAUUGAACAGUUCAACCAGAACUUCAAAACCGGAGUACAAAGUGUUAGAAAGCUGGAAACUUUAAGUCAAGAUUUUAUAAAUUUGUCAAAUGAUUUUUAUAAGUUAGACUCCCGUGUAAACAAGAGAUAUGCUUGUCACUGUGAGGUAAGGGAUAACACGCCGGUUUUUUCUGACAACACCAUUUCUACAUUCAGAGCUGUUAUUGAAUACAACGGUCAACACUUCAAUAAAACAACAGGAAAAUUCGUCUCACCACAUGAUGGUUUAUACCUUGUCUGUGUGACUCUACAUGAAUGGGGAGAUCACGUGAUUCAUGUUGAGGUCUGGGCUGGAAGUCAGUGGCGCAUGACUGUGAGAGUUGGAGCCGGACACACCUGUGGUGCCGGUUCAGUGGUUUUCGACAUGAAAAAAAACGAUGAACUUUAUUUUUACGUGGACGACGCAGAUGAUGAUGCCAAGCUCACCUGCUACAGUAGUUUCACUAUCGUUAGCUUAUAAAAAAAAAACUAAGCAAAAGAUCUAAUUUCUUUAGUCUAUUUAGUGUUUGAUUUUUAAUUUUGCCAACAUGUAGGGCCUAUGGGAUGUUUUUAAGAAGAAACAGAUUAUCAAGAUAUUGAAUCCAUCAUAGAAACGUGCAAAUAAAUAUGCAAUGCCCGCGAGUGUAUCGCAGGUACGUCUGCAUAUUGUCAUCAACAGAAAACAAAUAUUUUCACGCUUUUCACUAGCGGCUUGUAUUUUUCUGUCAGAGGUUUAGUAUUAUUCACGACUAUUUUAUAUCGUUUAUUUUAUUUCAUAUUAAUAUUUCCAACAUUUUAAAAGCAUAAAUUAUUUAAUACUGAAAUCCUAUGUAUUUCUAGUUAUUUUCCGGAGAUUGUAUACCUUAUAGAAUUAUACAUUCGUUCUUUUUUAUGUAGGCCUACUUCAAAUAUACUGUGAAUUAAAAAUACAUAUC